GCCACUCCACUCCUUUCUGCUGCUGCUCCCUCCUUCCUAUUGCCGCUGCCUCCUUCCUGUUGCCUCUCCGACGAGAAGGAAGAUGCCGCCGGGGAAGAGGAUGGGAAGACCAUCAAUGGAGGUCCCAGAUCCAGCAUUGACUGACAUUGAGAACAAGAGGGCUCAGAAUAUCAUGAGGUUGAAUCAGAGGUUGCAGCAGUUGGGUGUCAAAAAACUAGCUCACAUUGUUCACCAGUCAUAUGCUAAGAAACCAGAUAAGAAAAGGAAGGCUGAUGGCCAGCUUAGUGAAAGCAUUGAACUUGAGGCUGUGGCACCGCCUGUUGCUGCAAAAGGAGCAUCAGGCAAGAGGGUGCUGGCACCUGACAAUUUGGAACAAACAAGGUGCACUAGGGGGAGUAUCAUGAGAGAAAAAGAAGCAGCUGCCCUAAGCCUAGUUCAAGCAGCAGAGGUGCCACCACCAGUACUGGAUUCUACUUUAAUCCAGAAUGAGGAUGGGAUGGACAUUGCUGAAGAAGGCAAGUGCCAUCAACUACUUUUCCCCAAUGUCAAUUUAUGUGAUCUGAUUCAUUCGUUGUAGUCACAUGAUUCUUAUUAUUGACAAUAAUGCUUCUGAAAUGUAUUAUUUAGGCACCCUGUUGACACUA